AUGGGCCAGUCUCUGAACCUCUAUGCCGAGAGCAGUCUGACCCUAAAGCGCAGGGCCCGCACCAUGGCCGCUCUCAUAUUUUACGCAGAUAACACGCACACUGUUUUCACACAGUUCGCGCAGCCUCCUGACCCGCCUCGAGGACAGCGGCGGAGCCAGGCCCAGGGGGAUCCCCGCACUCAGCCGUGGUCUCGGGAGCCACUGCAAACACGUCUGCAGACGGGGACGGUCGGAGGGCAGAGACACAGUCGCCAAGGGACCCCAGCACAGCCGGUCCAGGGGCAGGACGCAAUGCAGGGGCCGGACGCCGUGCAGGGGCAGGACGCCGUGCAGGGGCAGGACGCCGUGCAGGGGCAGGACGCCGUGCAGGGGCAGGACGCUGCACCACGACACUCGAAUGCCCAGCCUCGCUUUGCUGGUGUCCUCGUGGUGCCACAGCCUCGCUGGCCCUCGGUGAAUCAGCGCGGCGUGUGGCCGGGCUUGCUCGUGGAGCUUGAUGGGCAGACCUCAUCGUCGUGUGCCGUUGAGUUGGGUCUGGUGCAGCGGAUCCUCCAGGGGAUCGCGGAGGACAUUGUCCAUCUUCUGUCACCCCUCAUUUCUCCACUCUUCCUCACGGGUGUGAACGCCCGGCUUUGCUCGCUGGCCUUUCUGUGUCAGGUUCCUGUGGACUCCCUCCUCUGGGCGCUCAGCCGCGUGUGCCUGGCCCUGGGGACCUGCGAAACCCCCUGGGUGGCUGCCUUCCUGACGCCCGCUGUGGACAUUACUCUAAAUGCUCUGCUGAAGAGUUGGGCUCCUCGUGGCCUCCACCUUCCUCUGUGA